AUGGACAAACCGACUUUCUGGGAGCGACACGAAGCGAAGUUCUACACAUUCGGCCACUUCUAUGCGAACAUCUAUGGCCAGGUGAUGAUCGACUACAUGCCGCACGAGCCGUUGAAGGGUCCCCUGAAAGUGCUGCUGCUCAUCUACAGUCACGCCUUCAGCCUGACGCUGAUCGUGGUGGUUCCUCUGUACUUUGGCUACAACUAUCGCCUGCUGAUGGCGGGUGUGGACAGUCGGAUGCAGCUGGUGUUGUACGUUGGCUUUGCCAACACACUGAUCAAGUACAUCACCUGUGUGUUGACCUACAUGGCCAACACAUUCCACUUCAAGGGCAUCAACAAUGGCAGCACCAUGAAGCGAGCUCACCUCGAGCACGACAUCGUCGAGAGUUAUCGUGGUCCUCGUUGGCCGAAGCGACGUUUCGAGAUCUUUAUGUACUACAAAUUCACGCUGAUCAACACGAUGAUGAUCAUACAGGUGUGCGGGAUUUUUGCCAGCGCUGGCCACGUCCCAGAUAAUGAUACGGAUGCGAAGGCAUCGAGUCGCUUGCGUCAGCAAUUUGCCAUCUAUUCGUUUAUACUGUGGAACUAUACGGAACACAUGGCCGACUAUUUCUUCUGGGUGAACAGCAGCGUGUUGAAAUAUCUCCGACUCUUGCAGCAACAGUUGCAGCAAGUCCUCCGCCAAGUGCGACAUGUGCAACGAACACGACAUCGCGGCAUCUUCAUGGUCAACUGUGGGCGACUCUGCGAUCGCUUGGCGCUGUUGCGACAGCGUUUCAUCGAGAUCCAUCAGCUGUAUGUGGAGAGCUUUCGCAUCCAUCAGCUGCAGCUGUUGGGACUAACACUCACAACGCUGAUCAACAAUCUGACCAAUUUCUUUACCAUCUUCAAUCUGGUAUCAUCGCAUUCGCUGGCAAAUGCUUCGUAUCCGGUGUUGAUCAGUGCUGUCUAUGCGCUCACCUAUUAUCUGGAUACGUACAUUGUGACGUUGGUCAACGAGCAGAUCAAACAGGAAAUGGAGAAUCUCUCUUUGGUCAUUGGUCAAUUUAGCGGAUAUCCCUCACUACAGCCGCCCAGCUUGGAUCAAGAGCUGGAGCAGUUUUCACUGCAGAUAUUGCAGCAUAAGCCGCCCAUGUUGUGCGGCCUUUUGUAUCUGGAUCGUCGGAUCAUUUAUCUCAUCGCGGUCACAGCUUUCUCCUACUUCAUUACGCUCGUGCAGUUCGAUAUGUAUCUGGCCAACACGCAACGCCAUUCACGCUAGUUUUGUGGCCUUAAUAUCAAUGUCGAAUCAUAAUCAAAUCAGCAGCCAAUUUCACUAAUUGUUGACACCCAAGUUUAGUGAUUUCAUUCCGAGCACACAAUACAAUAUGAUUUUAUUACCACAGUGAAAGAGCUCUCGACCUGCAGCAGCCUACCGUGCGUAUACGCAAUUUAGUGAUAAAAAUGUAAUCUAUGCUUUCAUAAUAAUGAUAAUAAUAAUACGAAAAUUAAAUAAUUAUAUUAAACUACAUUCAAAUUAUAAAAUAUA